AUGAGUGAUCCUCGAGAAAUUGCGCCGAAUGAUCUGUACCAAAAUAUCACACCAGACAAGGAGGAUGCUCGGAGAAUUGAGUUGGAAUUAGAGAAAAUAGAAAAUGUUAAAAGAGAUUUACUUGAACGUCUGCACAGGAAAAAAAUUGAAAUAGAAAGAAGAGACCCUAACUUCACAGGUGUGCAGGUUCCUGCCUCUCCAGUUAAAAAACAUGAACUCCAACUUGUUGAACAGAAGGAUCAAAAGUUGAAGAAUAUUAACCGUUUCGAAGAAAGCAAUGAAAAUCCUAAUGAACUUUGUCUACAACAAAGAUUCCAAAAACAAACAGCCAGGCUAAAUGAUUCGAAUGCUUCUACAGAAUAUUUUAUGGAGAAGUUUCGUGAUGCCAAAAGAAAGGAAAAGGUUCAUAUUGAAAAGCAUGAAAGUAUGAUGAAAUCAAGGGUACAUACUUUUAAUGGAAUUGAACCCAAGAACGAGUACCAGCAUGUAAUAGUGGAUGAAUUAGAGCAGUAUUCAAAUCUUUGGAUAAAUAAGCGGUACACACCGGUUUCUAACCUGAAAUCAAUGUUACAUGAAGUUAAAAUUUUGAGACUGAAUAAGCUUUUUGCGAAAGUACGUCCUCCAAAAUUCGAGGAACCUCAAUAUUCCAACUGGGUAGUUGUUGGUAUAGUAUCUGACAAAAGUGAUAUUAAAUUUACAGCUAGUAACAAACCUCAGAAAUAUCUGAAAUUUACAUUGACGGACUUUAAACAUAAGGUUGACACAUACAUAUUUGGAAAGGAAGGUGUUGAAAGAUACUACAAUCUCAGGAUUGGUGAUAUCAUCGCCGUCUUAAAUCCAGAGAUCCUUCCCUGGAGGCCAUCAGGGAAGCAGAACUAUAUUAAAUCAUUCAAUCUUCGUAUUUCUCAUCCUUAUAAAUGCAUAUUAGAAAUUGGCAAAAGCCGGGACCUUGCCAGGUGCCCAAUAGUGGUAAGGUCGACAAGUAAGGAAUGUGGUGUACCAAUAAACAAGAAAGUGGAUAGAUGCUGUGAAUAUCACAGAGAAAUGGAAAUUAGAAAAGGCCCAUCAAAGAGGUUAGAUCUAAGUGGGCAAUAUGCACUUGGUGCUCCCACUAAAUUAGAAUCACAGCCAGCCCUAUAUAGGGGACACACAGCUCAGAAUGUGAAAAUACAGAAUUUCAAACUAACACCAAGUUACUCUCAAAAUAAUCCUCAUUUGAUUGAUAAAUAUGGAGAAAAAUCUAAAUUCUUUAGUAAUAGGAAUGCUGCGAAAGCAUUCUUUGAUGAUGAAUUUCAAAAUCCAGAUAUGAUUAGUAACCUAGAUAAUAAGAGAAGGAAAAUAAUGGAACAACGGAAGUCUAAUGUAUUAAAUCGUGAGCUUGAUCGACUAUUGAGGAAGGAUCAAGAUCUUGAGGGCAAGACGAGAGAGGAAGUUGAAAAGAUGAAACAAACUACGCAACGUACCCUACAGAGUGGUUUAUUUCAGAAGGUAGGCUUUGAUCCCACUGGUGGUAAAAUUAGCAGGAUUUUGAAAAACAAGGAAAGAUCAAAGGACGGUGAACCGAAGUUUCUGAGCCAAAAAGAUCGUACUGUUGACGAUUUGAUGGCAUUCAAGAAGGAAUAUAUUAUUUUGGCACCAUCAAAGGUUGACUUAUUAAACAAAAAAAACAAAAGAGAGAAGGUGUGGCAGGAAAAUUUUGGCCAGAACAAGUCGAAUGAUAAUAGUGAGAGUGAUAGCGAUCUUGAAAUUGUAUAG